AUGGAGGAGGCAGCCAUCUCGACCAGCAUUAUGGCUGCCCUCAGACCCCUGGUGAAGCCCAAGAUCGUCAAAAAGAGGACCAAGAAGUUCAUGGGGGGAGUCCUGAAUAACUGGCACAAGCCCAGAGGCAUUGACAACAGAGAACGGAGAAGAUUUAAGGGCCUGAUCUUAAUGCCCAACAUUGGUUACGGGAGCAACAAGAUGACAAAACACAUGCUGCCCAGUGGCUUCUGCAAGUUCCUGGUCCACAACGUCAAAGAGCUGGAGCUGCUACUGAUGUGCAACAAAUCUGACUGUGCAGAGAUUACGCACAACGUCUCCUCCAAGAACCGAAAGAGCAGCCCAGCUGGCCAUCAGAGUCACCAAUCCCAAUGUCAGGCUGUGCGGUGA